AUGAGCUAGGAUCCUAAGAUUGUUAAUCCCCAACUCUGGCCCAAUCCCAACAAAUUGAGAUUCGCUGAUCUCUAUAAAUAUCAAGGUGUUGAAAUGAAAAAGAUCAACGAUUCCAUUAAGAAUUACAAGGCCGCAAAAUUCUACAUUGGUGGUAUUUUGGGAGGUUGCUUAGUUUUCAAAUUUUUCAUUGACGCUGCUGUUGAUAAAUACAUUUUUGGUGAAAAUGGUAAUGGUGGUAAAUUCUUGGAAAUGCAAACUAUUAACAGCAAUUACGAUUACUACUAUAACAGAUAAUUCCAAAGAAUGAGAUACUUAACUGAAGAUCCCGCUGGUGAUGAUCCUUUACAAAAGACCAAGGAUGAACACUUAGUCGAUUUAGGUUUCAUUCCUAAGGUUUUCGGUGCUAACGUCGAAGUUAGAAAGAGAGCUCCUCACGAUAAAUAUUUGUGA